AGGGUUUGAGACGCUUCUAGGCCAGGCCAGGCCAGGCCAGACUAGACCCAGUCUCGUUGCUUGCUUCAUCGCGAGCUCGUAGUGUUCUCAUUCACUAGCUCGCUCACUCAAUCAAUCAAUCCCCGAGGUCACAAUUGCGCCCUCACCAUCCGCAAUCAGUUUUGCCCGCCAUGACGAAAUCCAGCGUAAUUCAGGUGCCGCCGAAAGGUGGUUUCAGCUUCGAUUUGAGUCGUCGCAAUGCUAUGCUGCAGCAACAGGGUGCCAAAUUGCCCAAGUACCGCAAAACGGGAACCACCAUUGUUGGUCUUGUUUAUAAGGAUGGAGUUAUCCUCGGAGCUGAUACGCGAGCGACAGAAGGUGAGAUUGUUUGCGACAAGAAUUGUGAGAAGAUUCAUUACCUUGCACCGAACAUCUACUGCUGCGGAGCUGGUACCGCUGCUGAUACUGAAAAUGUCACAGAUAUGGUUAGUUCGCAGCUGGCUCUGCAUCGAUAUGCCACUGGUCGAGAUUCCCGCGUUGUAACAGCAUUGACCAUGAUCAAAACUCACCUAUUUAGGUAUCAAGGUCAUGUUAGUGCAGCCCUAGUUCUCGGAGGAGUGGAUGUCACCGGACCUCACUUGCAUGCGAUAUAUCCGCAUGGAUCCACAGAUACGCUUCCCUUCGCCACGAUGGGUUCAGGUUCUCUGGCUGCUAUGUCUGUCUUCGAAUCCAGAUACAAGGAAAAUCUGACUAGAGAAGAGGGAAUGGAGAUCGUGUCUGCUGCCAUAUGCGCUGGUAUAUUUAACGAUCUCGGCAGUGGUAGCAACGUGGAUCUUUGCAUCAUAACGAAGGAAGGGAAAGAGUACCUGCGUAACUACCAGCAGCCUAAUCCUCGCAGCUACACUCGUUCCAAGGGUUACGAUUUCAUGAAUGGAUAUACUGCUGUUUUAUCGACACAAAUCAGACAGCUACGACAACAUGUACAAGUUUUGGAAGGUGAUAGAAUGGAUGAGGAGUAGUUGUUCAAUGGGGUUUGUGUUUCCCUCCGGUUUAUCUGGGUUUCUAAUUUCUAUGUUGUCCGGCAUGUUAUAUCUAUGAAAUAUUUCUAAACCAGACUUUCUGUUUUCACUGGGGAGCUUUUCCAGUUGUCCCAUGUGGUCGAAA